CCCUGCCUUCCCACACUUCCAAAACCAUUAGCAGGGAGCUCUCGAAGGUUUGGUUUCUUCGAGUCUCCUUUGAGCUAGACGUGAGGUUGACCCCCGGGUUAGAGCAUGGCUGCAUCCCUGGACCCUCAGAUCGACGCGCCCCUGAAGGUUGAGGGAUGCCUAAUAAUGAAGGUGGAAAAGGAGCCCGAGUGGGCAUCGCAGCCCAUUCUGGAAGGAUCGGACAGCUCUGAGUCCGAGACUUUUCGCAAGUGCUUCAGGCAAUUCUGUUAUGAGGAUGUGACCGGACCCCAUGAAGCUUUCAGUAAACUCUGGGAACUUUGCUGCCGGUGGCUGAAGCCAGAAAUGCGUUCCAAGGAACAGAUCCUGGAGCUGCUGGUGAUUGAGCAGUUUCUCACCAUUUUACCCGAGAAGAUUCAGGCGUGGGCACAGAAGCAGUGUCCGGAAAGUGGAGAGGAGGCGGUGGCCCUGGUAAUACAUUUGGAGAAAGAGACUGGAAGACUAAGACAGCAGGUUAGCAGUCCUAUGCACUCAGAGAAGCAAGCCCCACUUGGAGCAGCAUGGGAGGUGGCAGACUUUCAGCCAGAGCAGGUGGAGACCCAACCCAGAGUGAUGUCUCUGGAGGGAGCUGAAAGCCUCCACUCAGGACACCAGGAGCAGCUGAACCAAAAGAGAGAGCUUCGGCCCUUACCCAAGAAUGCUCGGCCUUCUCCCUGGGUUCCUCCUCCUGCUGAUGAAUGGAACACCAUAGAUCAGGAAGUAACAGCCACACGAGUUCCUGCUGGGUCCCAGGGACCAGUGAAAGAUGUCCACAUGGCAAGAGCUUUUUCCUACAAAAAGAGUGUGCGUCAGAUUCCUGCUCACAGAGACCUCUACCAGGAUAUUAGAAAGGAGAGUAUUGGGAACAUGGUCUCCCUGGGAAACACAGUGUCUACAGCUAACAAGAUGGCACAGUUGGAGCAAAGAAAGGAGCCAUGGACAAUAGGUCUACAAUCCCCUAAUAAGAGGAAUGUCCUACGAAGCAACUAUAUCAAGGAAAAGUCAGUUCAUGCUAUUCAGACCCCUGCAAGGAAUGCAGGGAAAACACGGAGAGAGCAGCAGCAGUGGGGUUUGGAAGAUGAAAAAAUAGCAGGCGUACAUUGGAGUUACGAGGAAACUAAGACUUUUCUUGCAAUUCUCAAAGAGUCUCGCUUUUAUGAAACACUUCAGGCCUGUCCCCGAAACAGCCAAGUAUAUGGUGCUGUAGCUGAAUGGUUGCGAGAAUGUGGCUUCCUCCGAACACCAGAGCAGUGUCGGACCAAGUUCAAAAGUCUACAGAAGAGUUAUCGAAAAGUGAGAAAUGGCCAUGUGCUAGAACCCUGUGCCUUCUUUGAGGACAUGGAUGCUUUGUUGAACCCUGCAGCUCAUACUUCAUCCACGGAUAAGCCGAAGGAGAUUCUGUCUCUCCCCAGACUAAAGAGAAUUGGUAUCAGUGCUAAAGAACAGAUCAAUUUGGUGGAGGAGGAAGAAGCCGCAGAAGAAUCUGAUGGUGAUGAAAUGGGUGUUGAGUUUAUCCAGAAGUCUGAGCUUCGUGGUGCUCCUGUAUUAUUUCAAAACCUGAGUGGUGUGCACUGGGGCUACGAGGAAACCAAGACUUUCCUUGACAUCCUCCGUGAGACUCGGUUUUAUGAAGCACUGCAAGCCUGUCAUCGGAAGAGCAAGUUGUACGGGGCCGUGGCUGAACAGCUGCGAGAGUGCGGCUUCCUCCGGACACCGGAACAGUGCCGGACCAAGUUCAAAAGCCUUCAGAAGAGUUACCGCAAAGUGAAAAAUGGUCACGUGCUAGAGUCCUGUGCAUUCUACAAGGAGAUGGAUGCCCUGAUUAACUCUCGGGCAUCUGCCUCUCCCACCAGCACCCCAGAGGAAGCCCCGUCACCCUCAAGUCAAGAAAGAGAGGACAUUGAGAUUGAACCCCAGGAACCUACGGGCUGGGAACCUGAGGAGGACUCACAGGAGGCAAUAGUUGAAGAUUCCAGCAGUGAGAGACUGAGCGAGGAGGAAAUUGUACAGGAGCCAGAAUUCCAGGGACCUCCAGGUUUACUGCAAAGCCCGAGUGAUUUUGAAAUUGGAAGUAGUAUCAAGGAGGAUGCAACACAGGUAAUAUAUAAGGACAUGGAGCAGCAUAGGGCAUUAAUAGAAAAGUCUAAAAGGGUUGUUUCUCAGAAUGCUGAUCCAGGUAAAUAUUGUAAAAGGGAAUGCAUCUCAGGAAGACAAUGGGAAAACCUUCAAGGAGUCAGACAGGGAAAACUGAUGUCUCAGCCUAGAGAUUUAGGGAAAGCUGUUGUGCAUCAGAGGCCUUUCAUGGGGAAAAGGCCCUACCGACUUCUCAAAUACGGAGAAAGCUUUGGAAGGAGUGCUCGCCUCAUGUGCCGGAUGACCCACCAGAAGGAAAAUCCUUAUAAGUGUAGUGUCUGUGGGAAGUGCUUUGGUAGAAGCAGGAGUCUAAUCAGACACCAAAGAAUCCACACAGGAGAAAAACCUUUUAAAUGUCUUGACUGCGGGAAAAGCUUUAACGACUCCUCAAACUUCGGUGCCCACCAGAGAAUCCACACAGGAGAGAAGCCCUACAGAUGUGGAGAGUGUGGGAAAUGCUUCAGUCAGAGCUCGAGUCUCAUUAUACAUCAGAGAACCCACACUGGAGAGAAGCCCUACCAGUGUGGAGAGUGUGGGAAAAGCUUUACCAACAGUUCUCAUUUCAGUGCCCACAGGAGAGUCCACACUGGUGAGAAUCCCUACAAAUGUGUGGAUUGUGAGAAGAGUUUCAAUAACUGUACGAGAUUUCGAGAACAUCGGCGAGUACACACUGGAGAGAAGCCCUACGGGUGCGUCCAGUGUGGCAAACGUUUCAGUAAGAGUUCUGUUCUCACUAAACAUCGGGAGGUUCAUGUGAGAGAAAAGCUUCUGCCAUACCCUCCAGCGCUCUAUGCCCCAGAGAACCCACACAAGGGAAAGACUGAUGAAUUCAGGCAAACUGUUUGAUGACGAUCUCUUCUCUUCCUAAAUGUCCCCUUAGCCAUUUUACCCUAAUCUCACUC